GUGAGCUGUGCUUCCGAAAGGCGUUCGUCAUUCAUCCAAUCUUCUUUCCACGGCACCUCCGAAUUCUGUCAUUCGUUUGCUUCGGAACCUGGCCAUGGCCGACAUCAACAGAACCCCGUGCACUUCGUCUAGCUACGGUAGCUGGCUCUGGCUAGUAAACAAGGUCGGUUCGUCAGAAAAUACAAGCAGAGAUUACAAUGGUGGCGAUGAUAAUGAAGAACCUACAGAUACUCGCGUUCUGUCUUGGAAUUCAAGCGGUAUCUUCCUUUUUGGCCCCACCAUCCAGAUCUUUGGUAGAUUCGCCAUCUCGACUCUCCGUUACAGGCAGCAUCAGCGAGUGGAGGGACCUCAUGUUUGAUUAUCCUGGCACAGGGAACGAUCGACGGUUAGGGACUGAACAGGGGGCUCCUCCUCGACAGGUCAACAUUCUACCCUUUCCAUUUGAUCAAAUUCUGCUGCAAGGGGAGACCAAACAGUUGAGACUCUACGAAGAUCGGUUCAUCAAGCUAUUUCAAGAUACCAUGGACAAUCAUUGUGGAGUGGUGGCCAUGGGACUCAUGGCACAAGCUGGCAUCGUGCAAAAGGUGCCACUCUGUGAAAUUGAAGCCUACAAUCGCAUGGAUAACUUUGGCAUUUUUGUGACCAUCCGAGUUGUGGGGCGGGCCGAGCUAAUGGAAGUGACACAGCAGGAACCCUACAUUCAAGCAGUGUGCAUGGAGAUUUCUGAUAAGGUGCCACCCAACCUAGAACUACCCAAUCUACUGGCCAAAAAUAUUGAAGACUCCAUAGAUAAUCUCUCCAAAAUGGAGCAACGAUUGAAACAAGUACAAGAUAAAGGGGACAAGAGUGAGAGUGGCCUGGACCGGGCUGUGCUUGAGGAUCGCUUUUAUGAAGAAAUUGAUGAAGACGACGAUGAUGAUGACGAUGAAGACGACCAAGUAACAGACAUGAGCAGGCAACAACGCUUUCUAACAGCAUAUCGCACUGCCCUUGCGACAGACACGCAAGGAUACUUCUUGGCAUCUGCUGAUAGCUCCUAUGGUAAGACACCCCAAGAGCUGACAGCCAUCAGCUGGGCUGGAUUUUGUACAGACAUUGUACCAGACAUGUUGGCAACCUACAGGAUUCAAGCCUUGGACAGUGUGGACUUGUUUGAACGGUUAAAACUCGCAUCGCAAAUGAUGAAGCAAAAAGAAAAGCAACUAAAAGCAGAACUGGUAAAGGCGGGCCUGGAACCAGGAGACGGAGGAGAUAGUGCCACUGAAGGCGAUAAGCAAUAGAAACUGGCAAGCUAUAGAAACUGGCUGGCAAGCUAUGUGGUCACGUUUUGAGUUGGUUAUUGGUGCUGCAU